AUGUUUCGGCAAUUGUGUAAAUUGUGCCAAGUAGCAGAAGUUAGUGGAAUUCAUAACCUUCGAAAGUAUUCUUUGUCAGCAAUAUGGAGACAAAGUUCAAUACUUAUGUAUCCAGAACUUGAUGAUGAUGAUAAUAAUGAUACUCAAGAAGUAAUUAAAAAUGAUUCUGUCAAACCAAUAAUACAAUGUAGAAAAAAGGUAUUUAAUUUUUAUCCUGGUAAAGUGUAUAAAAAAUUUGAAGACAUGCCAAUAGCAUCUGGGAGUUGGCAUAAUGUUAAAUCUAAAGGAGAUUAUUUUACAAUUUUUCCUGUACUUGAGGAAGAUGAAGAAAAAUGUGAACACAAUUCGUUUAGUGAUUUAGGUAUUGAUAAACGUUUAAUUGAAAAUCUUAAAGCACUCGGCAUUGAGGAUCCGACAGUGAUACAAAAACGUGGAAUAUCUGAAAUAUUAGAUGGACAAAAUAUAUUUAUAACUGGUGAAACAGGAUGUGGAAAAACAUUGACGUUUUUACUUCCUAUAAUGACUCAAAUAUUAAAAUGGAAAAAACAGAUCCAAGAUAGACCGGCUAAUUCUCCUUUGGCUUUGAUUCUUUCUCCCAGCAAAGAAUUAGCACAUCAAAUUGGAACUGAAGCAAAAAAACUGGCCAUGGGCUUAGAUAUCAGUGUCAAAGCAAUAAGUGGAGGUAAAACUAAAAGGAUGAUGCGAAAUCCAUCAGUUAAAGAUGUUGAUAUUUUAGUCGGUACAGUUGGAGUUGUAAGUAAGUUAACAACUGUGAGGCUUUACAAAUUAGACUACGUGCGCCAUGUAGUUUUGGAUGAAGCUCAUGCACUUUUUGAUGAGACUUUUGAUGAAAAAUUGGGACAUUUUCUUCAAAGAAUCAAAUUUGGAUAUGAACAAAUUAACGAAAACCUUCCGGAAAGUAGUCAACUAACGUUAUCUUCAGCUACUUUUCCUUCAGAAAUGCCCGAAUAUUUAAGUAAAUGUAUUAAUACGGAUUCUCUUAUACAAAUUUCGACGGCUAAUACGCAUAAAGUGCUGGUGCCUCAAAAGUUUAUGCGACUUGGGUCGACACAGAAGCCACCAAUGCUUCUGAAAUUAGUAAAACCACGUGCGCUAAGACGAGAACCAACAUUGAUAUUCAGUAAUGAUAGCGCAACGUGUGACUGGAUUUCCAUAUUUUUGAAUCAGAUGAAUAUAAAAACAUUUAAUUUACAUGGCUCGAUUCCAGCGUUGAUACGAAACGGCAAGUACAGGGCAUUUAAAAAUGGUGAAGUUAAUAUAUUGUCGACGACAAAUGCUGGAGCUAGAGGUUUAGAUACUAUUAUGGUCGACUGUAUUAUUAAUUUUGAUUUUCCACUAAGUACUAUUGAAUAUAUACACAGAUGUGGAAGAACCGGAAGAGUUGGUGGAAAACCAAAUGGCAGAGUUAUCAAUUUUAUAAGUAGACCACUUGAAAUAGAAAUGACGAAAAAAAUAGAGCGAAUAACAAGACGCAUGAAACCACUGCCGAUGUUCGAUCUUUCAGAACAACGUGAGAAACAUGAAAUGGAUACUGAAGUUAACGAUCUCAUAAAUUCACAUAAAUAA